AUGGUGAAAGCAGGAGUGAAACUGAAAGCUGGACAGCAAGUAAUUAUUCGACCACCAAAGAAAUUGAAUCCACUUCAAAAAGUCGAUAAUCCGCCGCAAGUGCGUCCAGGCUUUAAAAUUGAUGAUGUUCGUUACAAGCCACGUCUUCCCUACGUGGAAGAGUACUUUGAAGACCAGAAUGAUGAUAACACGUUGGACAAUGUUGCAUCGAUUUGUAACUCGAGCUCGAGAAUCAAUUGA